CAACUCUGUCCUUCAAGAAGAAUUGAAAACUAUACACGCUUUUUCCCAAAAAACCUUCACUCCUGAGCAGUGGGAGCAAGAAAAAUAAAAUGUUGUGCAACGGUAGUGUUCUUCCUCCUAACAUCCAUCCAACAGGACUGACGGUGAGCGUAUCCGCACCCGGCAAAGUCAUCUUGCAUGGAGACCACUCGGUAGUUUACGGGAAAUUGGCACUGACCGCAAGCUUGGGACUCAGAAGCAGAAUGCGACUGAUCGAGAUCAGCGCCCCUAAUCUGGUCAUAUUUCAACUACCCAUUUUGGAUUUUACCUUAACAUAUGAUCUGGAGAAGCUGAGGGAAUACCUUCUUAUCCCCAUGCUUCCCCUUACCCACAACGCAAACGAAUUCAACUGGGAGUACCCCGAGAUGAUCCACCACGACGCCAUCCUCGACAUCGUCGAUAGCUUCAUAAGUUACACCUCUGGCACGGCCCCGCUCAACGUUCACCAAAAGAUGGCGCUGUCUUCUGUAUUUUUCCUGAUCGCUGGCAUCCUGGGCUCAGUUAACAUCGAAUUAAAUUCGUUCCUGAUGACUUGCGAGACGGAUCUCUUCAUCGGUGCCGGCACGGGUAGUUCGGCUUCGUUCGUGGUCAGUUUGGCUGCAGCUCUAUUGCAGUUUGUCAAAAUGAAGACUGGGGGCCAAGGGAACAUUUCCAAGGAGGAGUACAAGGCCUGUUUUUUGGAUGCGGGCAGUGACAAGAAUUUCAGCAAGCGGGAGUUGGACAUGAUCUGCAAGUGGGCUUUUUGUGCAGAGAAGAUCGUCCAUGGCACUCCGUCUGGCGUGGACAACACCACCUGCACCUACGGCGGCAUCGUCGAGUUCCGCAAGGGCCUGGCCCCCAAGCUCCUCGAGAUGUUACGCCCCCUCAAGAUCCUCCUCAUAAACACCAAAGUCUCCCGCGAAACAAGGAAGUUGGUCUCGAAGGUCGCCGCCCUGCAUCACCAAUACCCCGACCUGACCAACAACAUCCUCAAUGCCAUGGAAGACGUCGCUUUCAUUGCCCUCCAGCACAUAACGUCGCUGUGUACCUGGACGGGCACCACAGAGGGACUGGUUAACGACCAAAUCCGAAACAGCUACGAGGAGCUGGGAAGGCUGGCAUCGAUCAACCACAGCCUGUUAAGCGCCCUGGGGGUGUCCCACUUGAGGCUGGACGAGGUGAUUCAUAUUUUGGCCGAGAACGGGCUUCAGGGGAAGCUUACGGGCGCCGGAGGGGGAGGGUAUGCUACGUGUUUGGUUUCGCCUUACGUUAAUCCCAGCGUUUUGGAGAAAGCUAUGUUAGAUUUGGACGCUAGGGGUUUCCAGGCCGUUUUGACGGAAGUGGGUGGCAACGGUGUGAUGAUUGAGUAGUUGGGUGGAGGACUUGGACAAAUGGUGCUUUCUUAUUGGAAUACUCUCGAACGACAAGUUAUUCGGUAGAUUUAAAUAUUAAUUUCAGGUUGUUAGUUACGCUGGAUUUUAAAUUGAAUUUAUUGGAGGGAUAUUUGUCGAUGUUUCGUUGUUUUAUUAAAACGUCUUCAGGACAUACAUAAACAAUCGUAAAAGUGUACUAAUUAAAAAUAAUAAUAAAAAACUGUGACCAAAUGAAAAUAGCUUCUAAGAUUUCAGUAAAAUUUAAUAUAUACAGAGUGUUUAAAAAAUCUGACCGGGUGUCUAAAAAAAUCCUUAUAAUUCAAGUUUUGAUAUUUCAUGAAUUUCUUCUCUUAAAUAAAAAUAAUAUGUAAUUAGACUAUUUUUGUUGUGGCGUUUGUAAUAAAAUGUUUAUUCAUAGAGUCCGGAAGAUGUAAUAAAACAACGAAACAUUGACAUUUAUAUAAAUUGAUUUUUUCCCACGAUAUUGACUUAAAAUUAGUAUAUUAAGGUCCCUAAACCUUUUUGGCGUAAUAAUAGUAUAAAGGUUUAUUUAUUAUAUAAAUAUACUUGUAAGGUAAGAGCUAUUCAGUUUUAACAACUGCAUUUAAAAAAAAAACAUUUUAUAUCACUCCGAAAUGCUGAAUUGACCAAAUUUGGUGGUAUGCAGCAGAAAUGUCCCUAUUUUUCCAAUUAUGUCGUAGGUACCACCUGAAUAAUUUUUUUUUAAAUGGGAAAUUUCCCAGCAGCAUUUACUUUUUUUUUUUUUUGUCAUUUAUUUUAUUCCGAUGCCACUCUUGAUGCUGUAGACCCCAGAUUUAGUUAAGCAGAAAGAGUUAUGUAACUUUCGAUAUCUUCCUACAUGUUAGAAUAAAAAUUAAUAAUAUA